AUGUGUUUCAAAAUGGGGGCCUGCCUGAAGAUCAAGGACAGCUAUUCCUUCACGAAAUGGCCAGUUGAAUAUUCCUGGGAUGAGGACAACAAAAGUAGGAGCAGUGAGAAGAAUAACAGCAGUCACAGGAGCACUCUGCCAGGUGUGGCCACAGCUGCCCAGGAUGGAGAGGCCAAGAAGGUCAAAAUUAGCGUCCUCCACCAAAUGAAACGGGCGUCUGGCACCUGGAUCAGGUACACCUUGGCUCACACCGUCGGCCGCUGGCUGCUUUACCCUGGUUCCGUCUGUCUCUUGAACAAAGUCCCGCUGAAGAUGCUGGUGAAUGGGAGGACUCGCCUGAUGGAGGACUUUCAGGGGAAGCGGGCCAAGCUGGUGGCUUGCGAUGGGAACAAGAUUGAUACCAUGUUUGUGGACCGGCGUGGAAGUAGCUCUGGGAAGCUGGGAAUGCAGUUGGUGAUCACCUGCGAAGGGAACGGCAGCUUUUACGAAGUGGGUUGCUUCAUCACUCCGUUGAAGGCGGGGUACUCCGUCCUGGGAUGGAACCAUCCCGGUUUUGCCAGGAGCUCGGGGAAGCCGUACCCUCAGAAUGACAUCAAUGCCAUGGACGUGGUCAUCCGGUACGCCAUGCACCGUCUGAAAUUUAGCCUGGAGGACAUUGCUGUCUAUGGUUACUCCUUGGGGAGUUACACCGCGACGUGGGCUGCCAUGGCUUACCCAGAGUUGGGAGCUCUGGUUCUCGAUGCCUCUUUUGAUAGCUUGCUCCCUUUGGUCGCCAAGCUGGUAACUGAGCAGGUGAGGAAGCUGGUCCUUCAGACGAUCAAGGAGAACUUUAACCUCAAUGUGGCAGAUAUGUUGCACCACUAUCGAGGGCCGGUGCUCCUCAUCAGAAGGACUUUUGAUGAAAUCACAACCACCCAGUUCCAUCUGGAGAACCACCUUCCCAUGAUCCAGACCAACCGUGCCAAUGAGCUACUCCUGCAGAUCUUAAGGUGCCGUUAUCCUAACAUCAUCACUGGGGUGGAAGAUGUGGUCAACCAAUUUCUCACUGCUGACUGCCGUCGCGUGGAACACUUCAUCUACCACCAUUUCUACCGGGUGGACGACAACUGGUGUCUCGAUCAACUGAAGACCUAUCAGUCCAUCGUCGGAAGUAAGGCUGAAUUCCCGUGGAAAGUCGGGAGUGACUUAACGUCUGCAAGGAAGAAGCACAUGGCUUUGUUCCUGGCCAAGAAGCAUCUGAAGAACGUGGAGAUCACACAUGGGAGAACAUUACCAGCGGAAGAAUUUGAGCUGCCCUGGAAACUCUAA